AUGGAAAAGAUUAAUCAAUUGAUUUGUUUCAUUGGUUUGAUGUUGGCAAUGGUAACUUGUUUAGCAGGAAUGUCUGUGAAUCAACGUAAAAUGAAUGAUUUUGCGAAACAUUUAAGCAAAAACGUUGAAGGUACAGAUUGUGUUACCACUAGUGUUGGUAGUCAAUCUUGUCAUGCUGGUCAUUGUCAUAAUAGUCAAACAUAUAUUCAUGGUUGUGAUACAUAUGAUCAACAAUGGGAUAAUCUAACUGUUAAUUAUGAUACUCAUAAUUCUAGUGGUUGGCGUAAUACAACAUGUAAUCUUUAUGCUGCUUGGGAACCAGCUAUUGAUGAUACUUGUGGAUAUGCCAAUUUAACUUAUAGUUCCUGUACAAAUGGUGAUUGUCGAAAUGGUGUAAUUGAUAUAAAUGCUUGUUAUAGUCCUAAUUAUGUAGUGAAUUAUCUUCGUAGUGCUGCCUCUACUCUUUUUGCUGGUGGUGUUGACGAUAGUGUUAAUGAUUUUUUUGAUAUUCCUUGUGUUAAUUUGUUAUUUGAUACUUUUAGUCGUCGUCAUUUUGGUAAUAAUAAAAUAGGUAAAUAG